UCUCUGUCUGUCCACACUCUGGCAGACAGCCGGGUGAAACGCAGCCUUAAAUUGUGUCACGUUGAAUCAUUUUGAGUCUUUUACAAAUCAGAACAAUGAGCCGAAAUUACAACGAUGAGCUGCAGUACCUGGAGAAGAUCAGCGGUACCUGCUGGAGGAUCAAAAAGGGCUUCGUUCCCAACAUGCAGGUUGAAGGGAACUUCUAUGUGAAUGAUUCUCUGGAGAAGCUGAUGUUUGAGGAGCUUCGUAAUGCCUGUCGAGGAGGAGGUAUCGGCGGAUUUCUCCCAGCCAUGAAACAGAUCGGGAACGUGGCAGCCCUGCCGGGGAUUGUUCAUAGGUCCAUUGGCCUCCCUGAUGUUCACUCUGGUUAUGGAUUUGCGAUUGGAAACAUGGCAGCUUUUGACAUGAACGACCCUGAUGCUGUCGUGUCUCCUGGCGGUGUCGGGUUCGACAUAAACUGCGGCGUGCGUCUGCUGAGAACCAACCUGGACGAAGGGGACGUACAGCCAGUGAAGGAGCAGCUCGCUCAGUCUCUGUUCGACCACAUCCCAGUGGGUGUCGGGUCCAAGGGAGUCAUCCCCAUGGGUGCCAAGGAUCUGGAGGAGGCUCUGGAGAUGGGGGUGGACUGGUCUCUGAGGGAGGGUUACGCCUGGGCUGAGGAUAAGGAGCACUGUGAAGAGUACGGCAGGAUGCUGCAGGCCGACCCCAACAAAGUCUCCUCCAAGGCCAAGAAGAGAGGCCUGCCGCAGCUAGGAACUCUGGGAGCAGGAAACCACUACGCUGAGAUCCAGGUGGUCGAUGAGAUCUUUAACGACUACGCAGCGAAGAAGAUGGGCAUCGACCACAAAGGACAGGUGUGUGUGAUGAUCCACAGCGGCAGCAGAGGACUGGGACACCAAGUUGCUACAGACGCUCUGGUUGCCAUGGAGAAGGCAAUGAAGCGAGAUAAAAUCACGGUGAACGAUCGUCAGCUGGCGUGCGCUCGCAUCACGUCUCCGGAGGGUCAGGACUACCUGAAGGGGAUGGCUGCUGCAGGAAACUACGCCUGGGUCAACCGCUCAUCUAUGACCUUCCUCACCAGACAGGCGUUCUCCAAAGUGUUCAACACGACGCCAGACGACCUGGACAUGCACGUCAUCUACGACGUCUCUCACAACAUCGCCAAAGUGGAGGAGCACAUGGUGGACGGGAAGCAGAGGACGCUGCUGGUUCACCGUAAAGGCUCCACCCGGGCGUUCCCCCCUCACCACCCACUCAUCCCCGUAGACUACCAGCUGACGGGUCAGCCCGUGCUUAUCGGAGGGACGAUGGGAACCUGCAGCUACGUCCUCACAGGGACAGAACAAGGCAUGACGGAGACGUUCGGCACCACCUGUCACGGAGCGGGUCGCGCUCUGUCUCGAGCAAAGUCUCGCAGAAAUCUGGACUUCCAGGACGUCCUGGACAAACUGGCCGAUCAGGGAAUCGCCAUCCGAGUUGCCUCGCCCAAACUGGUCAUGGAGGAGGCUCCUGAGUCGUACAAAAACGUGACAGACGUGGUCAACACGUGUCAUGAAGCUGGAAUCAGCAAGAAGGCGAUCAAACUGAGACCCAUCGCUGUGAUUAAAGGCUGAAGCUUCACAACGCUGCACUUAAAGACUUUUACAGCAAACGAAGGACGCUGUGGUGUUGAAAUCACUACGAAGCAGAAGAUUUUCGCUUUAUUUUCUUUUCCUGGUUCUGUGGAGGAACUUUAGUUGGGUGACUUGAUAAGAAAGGAAGAAUGAAAUUGAACAUUUAAUUUGCAACCUUAAAAAAUGAGAUUUUUGUGUUCCUGUCUUACCUGCGUGCCAAAUAAAGGUGAUCAGUUCAUGCUUAGUUCUAUGGGAUGUACUCUGAUAAGGCUAAAUCAGAGUAUUUAGUGAAAGGAAACACUUUAUUUCUGAGUUGUUUAGCUGUGGAUGAAUAAAUAAAAGAGAAAAAUCAA